GGCAGCCCCGGAGCUCACAGUGUCUACAAACUGCCCAGCAGUCAGGGAGCCAAGGUGCACACAGUGCUCCCAGCAGCCAGCCAGGCGAGCCGCAGGCCGUGUGAUCGUCCCUCUGCACCAUGGACGUACAUCUCUUUGACUACGCGGAGCCAGGGAACUACUCCGAUAUCCACUGGCCCUGCAACAGCAGUGACUGCAUUGUCGUGGACACCGUGCAGUGCCCCGCCAUGCCCAACAAGAGUGUCUUGCUGUACACGCUCUCUUUCGUCUACAUCUUCAUCUUCGUGAUCGGCAUGAUCGCCAACUCCGUGGUGGUCUGGGUGAACAUCCAGGCCAAGACCACGGGCUACGACACACACUGCUACAUCCUGAACCUGGCUGUCGCUGACCUGUGCGUGGUCAUCACCAUCCCCGUCUGGGUGGUCAGCCUCGUGCAGCAUAACCAGUGGCCCAUGGGCGAGCUCACGUGCAAGGUCACGCACCUCAUCUUCUCCAUCAACCUCUUCGGCAGUAUCUUCUUCCUCACGUGCAUGAGUGUGGACCGGUACCUGUCCCUCACCUACUUCCCCAACACGUCCAGCUGCAAGAAGAAGAUGGUGCGCCGUGCGGUCUGUGUCCUCGUGUGGCUGCUGGCCUUUGGUGUGUCCCUGCCGGACACCUACUACCUAAAGACUGUCACGUCCGCUUCCAACAAUGAGACCUACUGCAGGUCCUUCUACCCCGAGCACAGCGUCAAGGAGUGGCUGAUAGGCAUGGAGCUGGUCUCGGUCAUCUUGGGCUUUGCCGUCCCUUUCUCCGUCAUUGCCGUCUUCUACUUCCUGCUCGCCAGGGCCAUCUCGGCUUCCGGCGACCAAGAGAAGCACAGCAGCCGGAAGAUCAUCUUCUCCUACGUGGUGGUCUUCCUGGUAUGCUGGCUGCCGUACCACGCCGUGGUGCUUCUGGACCUCUGCUCCAUCCUGCACUACAUCCCGUUCACCUGCCAGCUGGAGAACGCCCUCUUCACGGCGCUGCACGUCACGCAGUGCCUGUCCCUGGUGCACUGCUGUGUCAACCCCGUGCUCUACAGCUUCAUCAACCGCAACUACAGGUACGAGCUGAUGAAGGCCUUCAUCUUCAAGUACUCGGCCAAAACAGGCCUGACCAAGCUCAUCGACGCCUCCAGAGUGUCAGAGACCGAGUACUCGGCACUGGAGCAGAGCACCAAGUGACCUGCCCCGCGGAGCGUGGGACCGUGUGCUUGCUGUUGUCAGUGGGGCACUGAGCCCCGUGGUUCCUAGAGGAAAGCAAAGUCACUUCAGGCCUUGAUGCUUCAGGGCCAUGAAGAGGAGGAGGUAAGCCGCUAUGGUGGCUGUCGCCUGGCCUCCUACUUUGACCGUGCGUGUCAGGCAGGACUGUGUGUCACGGCCACCUUCCAGACAGGCGUUCCUGGACAUCUGUACAAUAGAACCUUUUGUGAUUGCUGAGUUUUUUAUAUGGUGACCUGUAUUUAAGUUUUAAGACUUUAUUUUCUCAAUAUUGGUGUACCUUAUAAAUGUAUUUGAAAGCUAAAUAUAUUUUAAAUAUUGUAUGGGAGGUUAUAAAGUUGAUGCGUUCAGAUUGUUGUAGGCAUAAGAUUAGCUUGACUACACAUGGCAUUGUUAGCUGAUUUGGAAUUAUAUAUAUAUAUAAAUAUAUAAAUAUAUAUAAAUAUAUGCCAGGCUUGGCUGAAAUGUUUUAUUUACAGUAGUUUUAUUUCUGUGUGGGUUUUUGUACCAGCAGAAAUUAUGGAACGAAAACUGCUCUGUAAUGCAGUUUGUGACGUGAAUAGUAUUGUAAAGUUACUUUUGAAACAAAACUGUUCCCAGCCGCAACUCCAUGAACAAAGGGAAUAGAGAUUUCUCUCGAUUUGUAAGUUAUUUUUUUAAAUAAAGAUUUUUGUUUCCUAA